CUACCAAACAAUACCACUCAUUGAGAAUAUUUACCUAUUUAUCUUCCCAAAUGAAUCAACCCUCACAAUAACCAACAUAAAAAAAUAAUAAAUAAAUUGCUAUUUUCCAUGCCCAAUUUUCACUCUAUAAUCUCUUUAUACGACUAUACCCUUCAAAUUCUUGAUACUUAGUAGUGUAGUAAUUUUCUAUAUUUUCUCCCAUACGCUUCUCCCACCUUUCAUUAUUCUCCACCCUCUCCACUCCAUACAUUUUCCCCCAAAACCACCGUCCAACACCUCCGCCAACCACCACCGUCAUGAAGAAACUCUACCGAAAAGGCACUGUUCAUCCGUCCCCACCGCCCUUGGUAUCAUCAUCAGACAACACCCUUGCUCUUGCUUUUCUGCCGCCAACCAUUUUGACUCUGGCUGUUGCUCUAUCCCCACAAGACAGAGAAGUUUUGGCCUAUCUUAUCUCUUGCGCCUCUUCCUCCUCCUCCUCCUUCGCCGGAACCCCGAACGGCAGCGCCAAGAGGCGGAGCAAUACCUCUAGUGGUAACAAUAGUUACGGCAAUAGUUCCCCCUCCGCCUCCGCCGCCGCGAGUCAGAGUGCCCGACGGAGUACUAAAACUGACCAACAUCCCGCUUCCUUCAACUGUUAUUGCUUUGGGUGCUACAUGAGCUACUGGAUAAGGUGGGAUUCCUCCCCCAAUCGCCAACUCAUACAUGAGAUUAUUGAUGCUUUUGAACAAGAGGGCUCGUCUUCUUCGGCCGUGCAGAAGGGCAAGACCAAGAAGGAGAAGAGGAAGAAGAACAAUAAAGGGUCUCCGGUGAAAAGUAAUGGCCAUGAAACAGGGCAACAAGCAGUAAUGAAGAAAAAUAUUAGUUCUGAGCUGCUGCCGUUACCGGCGACCGGUGGUGGUAGUACCCCUGCAAUGGAAGAGGAAGUUAAUGAGGUGGAGAACAGCGGAGAGAGUAGUGAUGAUGGCAGUUCAAUGGAAGGCGGAGAAGGGACUUCUGUGAGGAGAUUUAUGGGUUUUCUAGGUGAGAAAAUUUGGGGCAUGUGGAAUUGAAGAAAUAAUAAUACAGGACAGGAUUAGGAAAAGAGGUUGGUUUUACUUCAGCAACCUGUUUGUUAAGCCAGGAAAGUAAUUCAAUUGAAGUUUGUCUGUUCUUUGUUUCUUCUUUUUUUCCCCGUGAAACCUUUUGGUUGGGUGUUCUUUAAUUUGUUCCUUUUGAGUUAUCGCUAUGUAAAAUUGAUAGCGUUUUUGAAGAUGAUGUAAAAAAUAUGAUUCUGGGUUUUCAGUCAUCUUUCAUUAUCGGUUUGUUGCCACCUUGAAGAUUGUUUGAUUUUUGUGGCUUUAAGCCUUUAACAUUCAUAAUUAAACUGAUGUUUGAGAACUAGAAAUGAGUUUGUUUGAUUUAGGACUUCUCAAGAAAGACUGCUGUUUUUUGAGCACAGGGUUGACAUGUUUAGUCAAAUUUUAAUAAAGUGGCGUGAACGUAUUCAAAGUUGCAUUGCGUACAAUUUAUUAAUCUGUCGUUCAGAAAUGUCGUCUCGUCUCC